AUGGCCGACGAGGCUGGUCCGUCCGACCCUCAUGCGGUUGUCAGCGAUCCCUCGAAGAAGAAGGACUUCAGCACGGCGAUCCUGGAGCGCAAGAAGUCCCCGAACAGGCUGGUGGUCGACGAGGCCGUGAAUGAUGACAACUCCGUGGUGGCGCUGCACCCCACGACCAUGGAGAAGCUUCAGCUGUUCCGCGGCGACACCGUGCUGCUCAAGGGCAAGAAGCGCCGUGACACGGUCUGCAUCGUGCUGGCCGACGAGACUGUCGACGAGACAAAGAUCAGGAUCAACAAGGUCGUGAGGAAGAACCUGCGCGUGCGCCUGGGCGACAUUGUGUCGGUGCACCAGUGCACGGACGUCAAGUACGGCAAGCGCGUGCAUGUGCUGCCCAUCGACGACACGAUUGAGGGCAUCACUGGCAACCUGUUUGACUCCUUCCUUAAGCCCUACUUUCUGGAGGCCUACAGGCCCGUGCGCAAGGGGGACACCUUCCUGGCGCGCGGCGGCAUGCGGUCAGUCGAGUUCAAGGUGGUGGAGACCGACCCCGGGGAGUACUGCAUUGUGGCCCCUGACACAGAGAUCUUCUGCGAGGGCGAGCCCAUCAAGCGUGAGGACGAGGAGAAGCUGGAUGAGGUUGGCUAUGACGAUGUUGGUGGUGUGCGCAAGCAGAUGGCGCAGAUCAGAGAGCUGGUGGAGCUGCCGCUGCGCCACCCCAUGCUGUUCAAGACCAUCGGCGUGAAGCCCCCCAAGGGCAUCCUGCUGUACGGGCCCCCCGGCAGCGGCAAGACGCUCAUCGCGCGUGCUGUCGCCAACGAGACCGGUGCCUUCUUCGUCAUCGUCAAUGGCCCCGAGAUCAUGUCCAAGCUGGCGGGCGAGUCCGAGUCCAACCUGCGCAAGGUGUUCCAGGAGGCCGAGAAGAACGCGCCCUCCAUCAUCUUCAUUGACGAGAUUGACUCCAUCGCCCCCAAGCGCGACAAGACUCAGGGCGAGGUGGAGCGCCGCAUCGUGUCGCAGCUGCUGACGCUGAUGGACGGCCUCAAGAGCCGCAGCCACGUCAUCGUCAUCGCGGCCACCAACCGCCCCAACACCAUUGACGCCGCGCUGCGCCGCUUCGGCCGCUUUGACAGGGAGAUCGACAUUGGGGUGCCCGACGAGACUGGCCGCCUGGAGGUGCUGCGCAUUCACACCAAGAACAUGAAGCUGGCCGACGAGGUGGACCUGGAGGCCAUCGCCCGCGACACGCACGGAUACGUCGGCGCAGACCUGGCGGCCCUGUGCACUGAGGCCGCGCUGCAGUGCAUCCGCGAGAAGAUGGACGUGAUCGACCUCGAGGAUGACAACAUCGACGCAGAGGUCCUGGCGUCCAUGGCCGUCACGCAGGACCACUUCAAGACUGCUCUGGGCAUGUCGAACCCCAGCGCGCUGCGCGAGACGGUGGUGGAGGUGCCCAACACCACGUGGGAGGACAUCGGCGGCCUGGAGGGCGUCAAGCGGGAGCUGCAGGAGCUCAUCCAAUACCCGGUGGAGCACCCCGAGAAGUUUGAGAAGUUCGGCAUGGCGCCCUCCAAGGGUGUGCUCUUCUAUGGCCCACCCGGCUGUGGGAAGACGCUGCUGGCCAAGGCCAUCGCCAACGAGUGCCAGGCCAACUUCAUCAGCAUCAAGGGCCCCGAGCUGCUUACGAUGUGGUUCGGCGAGUCCGAGGCCAACGUCAGGGAGAUCUUUGACAAGGCCCGCGGCAGCGCCCCCUGCGUCCUCUUCUUUGACGAGCUGGACUCCAUUGCAGUGCAGCGCGGCAGCAGCAGCGGCGACGCUGGCGGCGCGGCCGACCGCGUGCUGAACCAGCUGCUGACCGAGAUGGACGGCAUGAACAGCAAGAAGACGGUGUUCAUCAUCGGCGCGACCAACCGCCCCGACAUCAUCGACCCCGCGCUGCUGCGCCCCGGCCGCCUGGACCAGCUCAUCUACAUCCCGCUGCCGGACGACAAGAGCCGCGCGCAGAUCUUCAAGAGCGUGCUGCGCAAGAGCCCCAUCGCGCCGGACGUCGAGUUCGACACCCUCGUCAGGUUCACCCAUGGCUUCUCGGGCGCCGACAUCACCGAGAUCUGCCAGCGCGCCUGCAAGACCGCCAUCCGGGAGAACAUUGAGAAGGACCUGGAGCGCGCCAGGCGGCGGGCGGAGAACCCCGACCUCAUGGAGGACGACGUCGACGAG